AUGGCUGUCAAGGGAGAUGCGUCCAGUGACUUGCGAGCUCUGCAAAACUCCUUUCAGAACAUGAAAGUGGAAGGCAAGAGCGAUGACGCCUCCAAAAAGGCGUCGUUUACCUACAAUGCGGAGCGCGUCCUUGGCAGCGGUUCUUUCGGAGUUGUGUACCAAGCCCAGGUGGUGGAGACAGGAGAAUCUGUCGCCAUAAAGAAGGUUUUCCAGGACAAGCGAUACAAGAACAGAGAACUGCAAAUCAUGAAGGAGUUGAAGCACCCGAAUGUGGUAGAGCUGAAGCAUGCCUUCUACACUUCUGGAGAGAAGCCUGGCGAAACGUAUUUAAAUGUUGUGAUGGAGUACUGUUCCGACACCGUGUAUCGUGUCAUGAAGCACUACAGCAAGAUGAAGCAGCCCGUCCCGCACAUUUUUGUGCAGCUUUACAGCUACCAGAUGGGCCGGGCCUGCGCCUACAUCCACGCUGUUGGGAUUUGUCACCGAGACAUCAAGCCGCAGAACUUGCUGGUUGAUGGGCACACGCAUGCCCUGAAGCUGUGUGACUUUGGAUCUGCGAAACCUUUGGUCAGAGGAGAGCCAAACGUGGCCUACAUUUGUUCCAGAUACUAUCGCGCUCCAGAGCUCAUCUUUGGGGCAACUGACUAUGGCUUUGUGAUUGACAUCUGGUCGGCCGCGUGUGUCUCUGCCGAACUCAUUCUCGGGCAUCCCAUGUUUCCUGGCGAGAGUGGGGUUGAUCAGCUCGUCGAGAUCAUCAAAGUACUCGGUACGCCGACCAGAGAGGAGCUCAUGGCCAUGAAUCCGAACUACACAGAGUUCAAGUUCCCACAAAUCAAGCCGCAUCCGUGGCACAAAGUUUUCAGAUCGCGAACAUCUCAGGAGGCUGUGGACUACAUAUCCAAACUGCUCGUGUAUGACCCAAAGCUGCGACCCACCGGCUUGCAGUGUUGCAUGCACGCUUUGUUCGAUGACCUCCGGGACCCCAACACGCGCAUCAGCAGUUCAAAGCCACUUCCGGAGCACCUCUUCGUUUUCUCCAAGGAGGAGUUGGCUGCCAUGGAUGCUGACAUGCAGAGGAAGCUCAUUCCUGCUUGGGUUGCUCAGAAGGCCGAAAAGGGGAAGACGCCGUGA